AUGGGCCGGCCGUAUGGCCCGGUCUUCAUCCCCGGGGCCCUGGGUCCCGUGGAGCCGCUCACACGCACCCUCUUCUCUGUGAAGUCUGAAGACAGAACCACUGACUGUAAACCAACACAGAGUAACCUGGGGCCCCGCUCCGGGCUGCUGCCCCACCGGCCCCCCCAUCCACUGGGCCGGCCCGAGGACGACGGGCCCGGGCUGGAGGGGCUGGCCCCCGUCAGGCUGGAGGCGGGGCCGGGGAGGGGGCGGGGCCGGCCGCGCACGGGCGGGAGGAGACCGGCCCACGGCCGGGAGAACCACCCCCUGGGCCCCCGCAAGGGGAGGGGCCACGCCCACCUGUUGGAGCCCAGGAGGCCGGGCGGCCGGCGGGAGAAGCUGGGAGGAGGGAAAGGGCUUCUACCGGAGCCUGCGCUGGGGUCCAUCCUGAAGCCCCCCUCCUCCGUCACCGCCUUCUACGGCUCCGGCUCCUCCAUGGUUACCACGGUGAUGAACGAGCAUCCGCCAACGCUCCCCCCUGCCUCCACCAAGCCCCAGAAAGCAGCUCCGGUGAAGGGACAGGGCGAGGUGAUGCCCACCCUAGACAUGGCGCUGUUCGACUGGACGGACUACGAGGACAUGAAGCCAGUGGACUCAUGGCCGCCCUCCAGGAAGAAAGAAAAGAGGCGGAGUAAGAACCUGAGCAGCGGGAACGUGACGGCGGACUCGGACGGCCCUGAGCCAUGUGACCACCACCUGGACUGUCCGCCAGGCUCAUGCUGUGACCUGCGGCAGCACGAGUGCACCCCCCACAACAGAGGACUGAACAACAAGUGUUACGACGACUGCAUGUGUGAGGAAGGAUUCCGUUGCUACGCCAAAUUCCAUCGCAAACGCCGCGUCACUCGUCGGAAAGGUCGCUGCGUGGUCCCCGAGUCGGCCAAUAGCGAGCAAGGAGCCUUCAUCACAAUCUGAGGAGCUGGAGGAACACCAAGGGGAGGGGGGGGGGGAGUAUGGGGAACCCCACCCAGAGAGACAUCAGCAGACAUCUCCAGUGGCACAACACCUUAAAGAUGGCAGCGUUACUUUCAAACGACUUCAUUCAAGCAUGCUGCCAUCUUUAAGCCUGUGUUCCAUUGAUAAUAGAUAAUUUAAAAACAUGUAUUUGGUUCUAGUCAUUUCAGAUUUUCAGCAGUUUCAUCCAAUCUCCUCUUUGUCAAAAUGAAGUGGUCCUACCACAGUGGUCUUUUGUUUUAAGAGUUUUGAGUUCAGCCCCUAUCCAACACCUUUUUCUACUUCCCUUGUGCCGUUGACAUUGUGCCAAGUAGGGAUGCACUGAUAGGCCGAUAUCAGCCACGUUGUACAUAGGCCAGAGUGUAGCAGUCGGCAGCAGUAUCCCAUGUUUUUGUGUUAUCUCGUGAAAAAAUCCAUAAUAUUUCGUCCCAUGCGACUUUGUAUGCGGAUAACGACCGCUGUCGAAGUCGGGGAAAAGGUCAAUCGAUUUCGGUAUUGUGACCGGUCGAUAAGAACUUGAUGCAGCCCCAGAGGUGAAUCCCUGUUUUAUUCAGCCCACCCACAGAAAGGAGGAGAAUCCAUUCAGUACUUUAUCAUGGUUCCGGAACAGCUUACACGCGCCUUAUGCUGCAUUCACUCCAUAUGGAAGAUAUCGAGGACAUGUCUGGAAUAAUUCCCGUUGCUCCGACUUGAUAGCGAUCCCAAUCACGCAGAUGGGACAGUUCGGAAGUAGGGAUGUGAGAUUGAAGAUGUGUUA